GGGAGUCGGGACUUGGAACAAUUUUUCCUCUUUUUUUUCUGCUAUUCUCUCUCUCUCUCUCUCUCUCGGUCACUUUCCGCUAAAAUGAAAACAUUGAGUCGCGAAGAAGGAAAUAAAACGAGUGGCCUGUUCUUUACAAUUCAUACACUUAAAGUGAGAUAAUCGCAACAAUUGCUUUAGGCAGAAAAGGAGCAACGAGCAAUUGGCGCAGAACGGUGUAGGUGAUAGGAACAAACUUGGGACGCGAAGUUGCGAGCGCCUCUCCGUGAGCUCUAAUUGGCGCGAGAAACUGCUCGGCGGCGUGCGGCCAAAACAAACGCGGGUUGCCACUUUUGUUUGCUGGUGUGUGUAGUUGAUCGGGAGUCGUGACGAACAUUGUGCGAGGGAGGAACGGCGAUAGCCCGUUCGGAGGAGAACGACCAAUUACUUAACCUGUCUUCCUCUCUUUUCUUCGCCCGAAAACCUUGUGUUUCGCGAAUCGUGCACGGGCUGUACGCUGCUAUAUGCUGCACGGAUAACGAAUAUUGGUGUGUGCGCGCGCGCGCGUUUUCCGUGCGUUCGGACAGACCGCGUGAAUCGUCCACGUAAUUCGCGACGUGAAAGAAUCGUUUGUUCUCUUUCUCCUUUCCCCUCUCCCCUUUGUCGCGGGAAAACGCGACAAGUUUCGACGUGUUGAACAUCGUCGCCCUUCUCCGGAAGCUCUGUUAGUGUUCAAGUUGAGAGAUUUGUGCAGACGAAACAAUUCGUGGCGGAGCAGCAGCCAGGAGGGCUCUACACGCCGGUUUGCGCGCGACGUGAAAUGAGCAGUGAUCGGUAAUCGGCAGACGGGGUCGCGCAGAAGGCAGGCGAAGAGAACACGCAGGGGUGACAGACGCGACGAGAUGGCCACGGCCACGGCCGCGAACUCGACCUUCUCGAAGAUGCUGAAGGCUUUACGAGAGAACAAUAAUAUCAACGAGAAGCGCGAGGCUUUAACCUAUUUCGCCAGCCAAGCUAAAAAAUUAGAGGCGAGUGGUGCUAUUAAGGAAGAACGAUACAAGGAUAUAUGUAGGCUGGUGGUAGAAGCGUUCUGGAAGCACGAUGGUAUCUUGGAGAUUGAGAUUGAGGCACUCAUUGUCAAUGCAUUCAAUGCUGUUGUGCGAGAGUUCCGAUCACACUCUUUACAUCUUUUUGAAUCAUUGCUACAGACUGACCUAAGGACAAGAUUAAAAAUAUUUAAACUGAUGGAGUUACUAGAUGAUACUGCUAUUUCUGCAGUUGCCAAUGACGGACAAGUUCUAAAUUUUUUUAAAAGUUGCUUGAUUAAUGUGCAGCCUAAUUUAAUGGAAUGGUUAACGCCAACAGCAUGCAUUGAUAAUUUGCAAAUGUUGACAAAGAUUGAACAGCAGCCUUUGACAGAGGAGCAAAAGCUGGAGGAGGACAUAAACAUUUAUGCUCUUACUCUUUUGAGAAGAUUGUACAGACUAGCUUCAAUAACGUUUGAUCAUAGUGUUCAAAAGUAUGACACAUUAUUGAUGGAUAAGGUUGUAACAUUGGCCUAUAUGGGACACAAGCGCCAACGUGGUCCCGCUUUGAAAGUUUUGCAACAAGCUAUCUCGACUAAUUCACCAUCUCAUAUACGUAAAGAUUGUCCUGACGUGUGGACACAAUAUAAAGCUAAUUUGCAAUCUACAUAUUAUAAGCGCAUGUUAUUAUUGGUAGCGGCAUGCGAUCUGGAUUGGACUACACAAUGGAAUGCUACUAUCCAGUUCCUUGGCACAGAUCUUCAUCAUGGAGCCAGUCUUAUAAAUAAUUUGCUGAGUGUCGAGGAAAAGGCCUUUAAAUCUACCGAUCCUAUUAUACGCAGACAAGCUUUCCUUUCAUGGAGACUACUAAUUGACAAUUUUGCGUUAGAUCAUCAAGAACUUGCUACUGCCAGAAGAAUAAAACUACUCUGUAUUCCAUUAAACGCAAAAAAUAGUAAAACUGAAUUAAUUGCAUUGACAAAGUUAGAAGUUUGGUGGCACUUAAUUAUUAAAUUAUAUAAAGAUAUCAUAAAAUUUGUUAGUCCUGUUAUCACACAAUUUUUGAACUAUUGCUUUGGACCACUUGGGGAUACGCCACUACUUUCUUCCAAAUUUGAUGUUGUUGCCUCUCCAGGCAAAAGAUUUUUUAAGACAAAAAUGAUUGCUGUGGAUGCCUUGUGUCAGUUACUGGUCUCAAAGGAAGAUCUUUUUACAGUUUGUUCUCCAAUGUUAGAAGAAAGACUCCCUCAAGCUAUAUCUUGUGAGGUGUUUCAAGAAUGUUCAAAAAGCAUUCUUCAUAGUAUAGCGGAAGCCAUACUCAUUCUUGGUCAACUUACGGACAAAGAAAUGCAAAAUCGUUUUCAGCUUGGUAAAAUAUUAUGGACAAGUUUAAUGACAUAUAUACGGAGCGUUAAAGGCGAAACAAAGGACCAUCUAUAUAGAGAUGUGAUACUAGUUGUAAUUGAAUUGGGAAACCAUAUAGAUAAGCUCAUGGUGAGGGAUAUGAUAUUUAAUGUAAUUUUGCCAGAUAUUAAUCGCAUUAUUGAGACAACUAAAAUUCAUGAUAAUGCAUUGCCAGAAUUGGUAUUAAAAUUUUUAACAUCUCCGAUACUUGAUCAAGUGCUGAAGUACAUCUUGGAUUAUGACAGUAAUACAAUCAAGUGCCUUCUGGAGCGAUGUAUUAGUCCAGAAUUUACAUAUUCCUCAAGUGUGCUUGGAUUUCUGGAAACGAUAAUGGAAGAUCUAAAAUCAGUAUAUGACUCACAUAAUGAAGAUAAUAAUGAAUUAGCUUACAUAGAAAUAUGGUCUAUAGUAGCGGAAAUAUUGACAAAAUACAUAAGAAAUACUGAAAUCAAUGGAAACCAUAAUUUUCAAGUUAUGAAAUUGGUUUUGUCAUUUCCAUUUAAUAUAUGUCUUGAAGAUCCUGAACUGAUAAAAAGUCAAUCGUCAAUAUGGAAAACUGUAUAUAAAGAAAUUGAAUUGAAAUCGGAUUUCUUAAUGACAAUGAAACCAAAUGAAAUCUUACUGGAUACUGCAAGCAUGAUGCAGAAUUAUUUAAAUGCGAACAAAAAUUGUUGUACUUUUAUUGUAAACUGCUUAGAUGCUUUAUUAAGCACUCUUGAUUAUGAAUCUUUGAUAGCUUAUGAUGAAAUUCCAUCCAUUAUGCAACUAGUGCUAGACGUUACAACAAUUUCUUUUGAUAAUGUACAAAAUUCUAAUUCCGAGAUAACUUUGAAAAUAUUAUCAGCUAUGCUUAUCACCGUAUAUGGACAUAGUUCGCAAAGAGUAGUGUUAUAUCUGCGUAAUUGUAGAUCAGUAAUUGAACUUAUACUUUCGUCGCAGAUAACGACUCUUUUUAAAGAAGUUGCAAGUACAUGGGAAUGCAUAGUCAGUAUUUUUAAAGGACUUAAUAAACAAUUAGAUGGUGAACUCUUAUCGAUGUACAAAGAAGCAAUUGUAAUAGCCAUGAACCAUGCUAAUCCCGAUAUAAAAGCUUUGACGCAAUCUAUUUUUGAGAUUAAAGACAGCUUGGACAGUACCGCUAAGUGCAUUUUAGAUGAAAUAGAAAGGCCAAAAGAAAAAUCCCAUCCAAAGUCUGACAGCGCUAUGAAGAGGAAAACAGAGACAGGACAAAUGAAAGAGGUGCGUAUGGCUGGGAGUUUUUUGAAUAGAAAGUCAGUUAUCACGAAAUCAGUACCCAGUAAACCACCUGAGAAGAACGAUAAAAUUAUGCUUACGCUACCUGAACCUGAUUCGCAAGAUUAUGUGUACAUAAAAACAGAUCUGAAAUUUGACGUUAAUCGUUUGACUGAGCAUCAAAAAGAAACUUUAAAGAGAAAGAGAGAAGAUAUACCAGCGUUAUAUAACGAUCUUUCUCAAUCGUCUUCGCAAAACUCUCAAAACUUGCAACAAUGGUUUGAUAUUAAAACCAAGCAUAUUAACGAGAUUGAUAAAGUCAGCAAUAAAAAGAACGACUCGACAAUACAGAAACCUAUUGAUAGCGAUGCUAACAAGGAGAACAAGAUUGAGCAGGAAUUUUCUAAUGCAACAGACAAGCUAGUUGACAAUAUUCGUAGUAAUGAAUUGGAUGCAAAUAUUGGAGAAAAUACAAUCAUUACUAAGCAAAAUGACACUUCAACGAAAAAAGUUAAGAAAGAUGAAUUUAACGUGAUAGAAGUAGACGAAGAAGUGGAUGUUGAAAUGAUAAUGACAUCUGUUGCGAAAAAGUUGGAUUUUGAAUCACGGGAUGAGUUUCCUGAGGAGAAAACGCAUGAACGACAAUCAUCCCCAUCGAUGUUGGAUAAUAUUAAACGACGACGUAAUAGUGGGAUGAAAUUGACCUUAUUGAAAAAUGACGAAACUGUUGAGGCUCAAAAAGAUCCUAAUGCAACAAAUGUACAAAAAACAUUGAGAGUGAAGACUACUCAGGGAAAACCUGGUACAAAUAAACAGAAGUCGUCAGAUGAUGAUGACAAUGAUAUUAAAGAAAAUUCUAAUGAAGAUAAGAAAGCUAUUAAACGUAAGUACGUGUCGGAUACUGAAUCGGAUGGAAGUAUUCAACGUCGAAAACGAAAAUUAAUUGCAUCUACUAAGAGUCUUAAUGACGAUGGUGGUGAAACAUCGCGAAGCAGCGAUAACAUUUUUCCAGGUAUAGACAUGGAUAGUGUGAGUCAACGUGUGAAAAAUGAAAUAUCUCGUCUAAAGAUCGAUAUGGUAUUUGAUUGUCCUGCAAUAAAUCGUCGUCGAAUAAAACAUUUAGAUGAAGGUGAGAAAGAGAUAGUACAUGGAUUGAGGAAAUACUCGACAUCCGAUAAUAAGAGCUUUAAAUGGAAAUCUGUGGAUGCAAGAUCUUCAGAAGGAUUUAAGAGAUCUCCAAAAGGGCAGGAUAAAAAUACGAAAGAUGUAGACGAUGCAAAUCAAAGAGUAUUUAAGAGACGAGGUAGACCAAGCAAACACGAGUUUAAUAAAAAUGACUUGGAUAUUAAUAAAGAUGUUAAUAAAGACAUUAAUAGAGACGUUAGUAAAGACAUUAAUAAAGACGUCAAUAAGGACAUUAAUAAGGAUAUUAAUAAGGACGUCAAUAAAGACGUUAAUAAAGAUAAAAGUGUUAUAAAAUCUGAUGAUACUAUUGAUAAGGUACCUGAAUUGAAAAAUGCUGACACAAGUUUGACUCAUAUGAUUGUAAUAUCCAGUGAAGCACAGGAUAUUAACCAAAUUCAAGAAGAGGAAAUUGAUAAAGAUGAUUUGAAAUCUGAUUCAGAAGUAAGAUCUGUAGAACUUACAGAGCCAAGCGUACACAGUCAAGAUGAGAUGGAGGAUAUCGUCGAAAGUUCACAAAUUCCUAACGUUGGUUUAAUAUUAGAUAAAAUGUGCGGCGAGAAACAGUGCUUCAUUAAGAUUGAUAAAAUAACUAAUGUCCAAUGUCCAAUUAGUUCUGCUAAAACUUCUGAUGCGAUUGUUGACAAAAAUUAUGUACCUGAAUCUAUCCCCAUGGAUUGCGAUGAUAAUAACGUACCUGAUCCAUGUGAAGAAGUAGAUGAAACUAAUCCUGACAGUAGUGCCGAGACAAAGAACACAGAAAACGUAGAUAAAGACUCUGUUCAAAAAGCUGAUAAUUCUAAUACGAAGAAUUUAAUUUCAGAAGCUCAGAAGACAGUCGACAACUCAUUGAUUAAAUCUACAAGUGUGAUUACCUUUUCUUCGCCAAGAAGUAAUAGCAAGAUAUUUUCUAAACCGAAACCAUUUACAGGACGUGCCGCUCAUAUGCUAGGUUUAGUCACGAGUCAGGCGCGAUUUGAGGGUGAUAAUCCACCCAUUGUAUUAGAGGAGGAAUCUAUAAAAAAAUUAAAAACGAAGGACACGGAAAACGAAAUAUCAACGAGUAAAAAGUCAAUGGUUAAAGAAAUGGAUAAAAUAGGUGGACCUUCUGGUAGUCGGCAAGAAAAGAUUUUCAGCAACAUGAGAUCGACUGAUUAUUCCGCAUCCUCCUCGUCUACAUACACGUUCACUACUUUGAAAAACGAUGGCGAGAAGCUUUCGUUUAGAUUGAAUAAGAUUGCAUCAGAAUGUUUACCAAUGGAAAGUUCAAUUGACAAGGAAAAUGAAAGGACUGCGUCGCCAUUGCGUGAAAAGGAUGAUUUACCGAUAUUGGAAUGGUCAAGCGCUAAUCCACCUUCGUUAACUGCAUCACCGAGCGCUAGCAUUCUUAAACGUAAUCGGUCGAGUCUACCGGAACCAGAAUUAGACAUUUCAACUCCCAAGCGAAAGCGAGUAAGUUUUGCAGAUCCACCGGUGUCGAAAGAGAUGGGUUAUGAAAUCUCUGUGGACUCUCCACAAAAAGCGAUUAGAUAUUCGAUGACACGCAUUCCCACGCCGAGGAAGGAUUCCCCGAUCAAACCCCCCAUUAAACAAUCCAAAAUUAAGCUUAUACCAUUUGACACAGAGAACAUAAUAAUUGAAGAUGAUACUCAAAAUGAAAACGACACUGAAGUUGUUGAAAGAAAAAAUGAGUCAUUAUCAAAAAUAUCUGAAUCAUAUUCAGAAAUUUCAGAUACUGAUGAGCAAAUACCUGACAAUUUUAUAGAAAGUAGUAAUGUUACUGAUGCGAAUUCCUGUACGAGGAUUGAGAUUAUCGACGAAUUAGGAUUAGCGCAGGAAAUUGAGGUAACCACGGAUGCACUUGUCACAGAAGAUAACAGUCUUCAACAGUCAACAGUCAACAAUCAACAAUCUUCAUUAUUUGAAAAUUCUGACAAUGUUUCGCCAAUAGAUGUCGGAACGGAAGAUUCCGAAACGCAGAAAGACAUCUUUGAUGGAAUGGACGCUAAGGCCGAUGUCACUGUAAUGCAGACGAGUAACGAUGACAUGAAUACAGUCAUCCAUAAUAAUAAUUCGGUGGAGUCUGUCAAACUAAAUGUAACCGAUGAUUCUGUGAUAGCGGCUUUACCUACCAAAGACGACAAUUCGACAAAUAGGACACUAGAGGAUACUGUAGACGUUGAGAACAUUACCGAAUUGAAUUCCACUGUAAAUACGGAUGAGAUAUUCUGUGAAAAACCGAUACGCAGCAGUACGCAAACGACAGACAACGUGGCGGAACAGGAUACCUUGCCGGUAACGGACUCCAUAUUUUCGAGUUUAGUCUCGACACAAGAUACUCGAGAUCAACAGGCUUCAAUUAAUGCAGAACUUGAUCCCGAAUUGCUGGACUCCACGCGGCCUAUUUAUCCAUCGCUGUCGUCGUGUAUAGAACCUAUCGAAAGUAUUCUCGAACGAUUGACUUAUCCUCUUUGGAAGAAUAAUUUAAGUGUGUAUUUCGCAAAUAGAAAUCUGCAGACAAUCGGCGAUUUUGCUCGGCUGUCGGAACGUGAGAUUAAUAGAUUUCCCGUGAAAGGUAAACCAAAGUCUGAAUUUGUGAAGAAAGUAUUGGAUCAUUUCAGCAGCACACGCAAGUCGCAAACGGAGCUCUCCAACAAGAAGACAAACGAAGUGAAACAAUCACCUGCUAAAACGACGGACAAAACACCAACUGUUGCACCAAUUGCUGCAGUAUCUCAUGAAAUGAGAUCUGCGAUAAUUAAUGAAGCUAUAACUAGUACGUCACUUAUCCGACCUAUCAAAGAUAUAGCCAAUAAUCUGCCAACAACAGACUCGCCUGCAGAAGACUCGGAUAAAACCGAGUCAGUUACUAGUGAUAUGGAUAUUUCAAUGGAACCCACGAUUUCAGACAAUCUUGAUUGGUCAACCUUAGACACUUCUAAGAAUGAUGCACAGCCAAGUACGAAGAUAUCUAUUGAUGCUCAAAUUUUAAAGCCUGGAAUAUCUACAGAUAAUGCUAAAUCCGUGCCAAUCCCUUCAUCGCCCUCUAAAAGCAUUGCAACUGCGAAUCAAGUAGCAUCAUCUUCAAAUGCUAACCUAGAGGCAUCAGUUUCUGCCGAAUCUUCAAAUGCAUAUGAUGAACUUCUGAUCACACACUCUUCUGUUGGUACCAAUACGGACGAAAUAGCUAUGCAGCCGACUGUUCAAAAAUGCACAAAAUCCGUUGCAUCUCAAAUGACACUUGCAGAAUUACUAGACGAAAUCGACGUGAACCAGGUAAUGGAAAGUGCAUGUAGAAGAUGCAGUGCCGAGGGAAUCAUUCUUCAAUAUAAGGUAAAAAUGGCACAUUUGAAGGAGGGAGAUUUGUUGAAGGAAACAAUCAGAUUGCUCAAUUUGGAAAACAAACAACAAGUCAAUGAUGCAUCGUUGAAGGCAGCCUGUCGCGCGUGCGGCAUUAACAAAGUUCUUCUUAGAUUGCCUGACAUUUUUGGUCACGACAAACAAUUCUUCGACAAGGUGCUUAAAGUAUAUAGCAAGAAGCUCAAUAUAGCCGAUGGCAUGAAUAAUUUAGAUUUUAAUCAGUUAAAAAACGCGAUAUGCAAAAAGUGCACAUCAUCCGAAAUUAUUGAGAUAUUGUCGGAGAGAUUGAAGCAGGAAGAGCAAGAAGGUAUCAAAGAAUCCGUGCCGGAAUUGUCGAGUUUGGAUGCUAUGUUGCAAAGAUUGCCCAUGGACGUGAUUAUUAGUCAUACUGUAGCGAACGAGGAGCUUAUUCCGGCGUCAGUAGUUCUGGACAUUGCUUUGCAAAACAACAGCUCGGGAGAUAUAGCACAAGCGUUAAAGCAGUCUCCUAUCCUGGCUAGACGCGUUAUAGACAAACUGUGGACACCCCAACAUACGAUCUCGCAUAUCGAACAUGAUGAUAUAUCUAAAGAAAGUUUGCUCGAUAUAUUUAAGAGUGUAUCUUCUAAACUGAAUGCGCAAGAACUGCUAAAUGCGUAUCACGAAGCUAUGACGAGCAAACUUAAUGACGCAAAGAUGGAUUUUAAGGACGAGAAACGAUAAAUCGGAAUUGUCGGAUAUCAAUUUCAGUAUUGCAUCUUAUGCACAAGGCUUCUUUAAAAAAAGAAACGACUGAUUUGAGUGGCAUUUUUUUGAAAUAUAUUCAAUUGAAUCUUUUGAAAGAUAUAUUUUGUCAAAAUUUUUUAAAUCCUGCAGAAAUGUUAUGAGAAUGUUGCAUAAGAAACAAAAUUAUGGUGAGCACAAGAUAUCUCUCCUUUAUAUGAGAGUUAAAAACACUGAGUUUUUAAUUGGUUGCGCCAUACUACAGUAUAACUUGUAUAUAUUUGAAUAUUGAAAGAUUUUUUUUUGUUACUUUAGUUAGUUAAAGAUCUGCUUAAAGUAUACAGAAGUGGAUAUAAAGAAAGAAACAGGAUUUUAGACUUUUGCGUUUUUCUAACUUUAUUUUAUAAUCACUCAUAAUUGACGUCUUUUCAAUUUACAAAUUUUUUUUUUUUUUAAUAUUUUUAAUGAUUAAUUCGCUAGAAUUGUACCGUUAUCUUAAAACGGUAUAUGAUGAUACUGCAUUGUUCCUAAAUGAAUGUAGCGAUUGCUAUUCUUAUGAGCAAGUAUUUUGUAAGACAAAAUAUCAAUGCAAGUAUCAGUAAUUAAUUAUUUAUUUUUUAGACAAUAAAUUUUCUCGCCUGAGUUAUGAAGUAUAUGUGAUAAAUUUUUUAUAGGAUAUCCUUUUUUAUCAUCACUCUGCCAAAUAUUCUCAUUAUUUCUCAUGAUAUGUAAUAAGGAAAAGUUUAUUUGUUUCAAAGAACUAAUCUUGUGAUUGAUAAAAAGUUUUUUCAUAAUUAAUGUUACCGAAAGGAUAAUUUCGCGUGAUAUCUUUUACAGGAACGUCUCAUAUAUAAUGUUGAAAAAUCAUCGUUGCUUUAUUAAUUUGGAUUAUUUACAUUAUUUUCAUUAAAUUCUACUUGAUGCGAUUUAUGCCUUCAGCAUGUCGAUGAGAUGAUGAAAUUUGUUUGUAAAAAGAAAGGAUUGUCAUAAAUAUAAUAAUUUCGUAAAAUAAUGCCUUUCUGUGAGGUCGAAUUCAACACGCUUACUCAAGUACUUUACGGUUAGGCGACGACCAGUUAAUUAGUUUUUAAAUUUAAGUAUAUAUCAUUGUAAAUAUACAUGUAUGUAUAUCAUUCGCAUCGAUGGAUGAUCAAUAUAUUCGCUGAUUAAUAUACGCUU